AUGGUUUGUGGGCAUGUCAUUGAAGGAGUUACUACUGAGCACAAGUUCACAAAGCACCCCGAUGCGAGUAAGAUGCAAGUGGUACGGCUUCAGCGGGCCUCUACUGUCAGCGGCCAGCAUUUCUCGUCAUACGCAAUAUUCAACGAUGAAGACAACCAAAGCAUUCGAACAUCUCGUUUGAACACUGCUGAUUUUAGCACUUUGGCGGCCACUUCUUCACUUCUCUCUGUCGUGGGCUUCAUAAUACAAUUCGUCGGUCUCAGAGCGCUUCACUGGUCGGCUACUAUUAUUCAACUUGGUAUCACAAUCAUAAUGACAGGAAUUCGCGCCUGGGUCAGGAGAGGACUCGCCUCUGACCCUAAAACGAACGUCACUCUAGACGGGCACGAAAUGGCUUGGCUGACUCUUCACAUUCUCCCGAAAGACCGUUAUACUCGCCGACAUCCACGUCGAUCGAGUGAACGAGAGGAGCCUAAACCAACGAGUGAUGCACCAGCACCGGACUCUGAGACCGACGUCACGCCAUUGCAGAAUUCGCGUGGAUCAUUAGAGGUCGCCGAAGCAACAUCCCAAGGCGAUCCAGAGCUGGAAAGACAACAGCAAUUCUGGGACAUACCAUUUGAUAAGACUUUCCAGAGUGCCGAGCAGAUUAUCUGGGAGCCAAUUAUGGGUUAUGAUUCUUAUCGAGAAACAGCAUGGAAUGUGGUAGAAUUCACUGAAAAACAAACACUCAGUGAGAUUUCCGUUGGUUUGGGAACGAAAACAGAGCACCUUUAUACGUUCCAACAACUGUUUCGCCCACUCCAAUUCGAUAACUUUCUACAUGUAGAACCGUAUGAUCGCUAUGAAGCGGCUGCUGAUGGCGCGCUGGAGUUAUACCAGCAGAUUGCCAAUAUCAUGCCGGCAAGCAAUGCAGUGGUUAGUGCAGCCAACUCGUUGGCAACUGUGGUGGAGCGAGUUAUGAAAAUCGUGUGCGACGUCAAGGCGAUAGAGUGGAAGACAAAAGACAUCCCAAUCGCCGAAACAAAUGCCGACAAGGAUAGUUCAGACUGGAUAGCAUCAGGCAACCGACUUUCUGAUGACAUAUAUUGGGGAGUUACCAUCUCAACCCGUAUGCCUUCGGAAGAAACGGCACGGACCAGCAAGCUCUAUUUCCGUACGAAAAGGGUAAAUGAAGACCCCAAUGCUUCGAUUGCAAGGAUUGGGACUGUCCCCAAUGUUUCGACUGCAAAGACUGGCACGUUCCGAUGGCAGUUUCAAGACCGAGAAUCAAUCAUUGGCGUGUUGUCACUAUGGUUAUAUUCAAUGGCCAGAAGACAGAGCUCGAUCGAAAAGUUCAAUGAGUUUCUCGUCCGGGUUAGAAAAGAACGUUUCAACUAUGUUGAGUCCGGAAGAAUUGGGCGUAUCGUUGCCACGAAUUCGUUAGGAGAUUUCUCAGAUGUUUGGCAUCCCUUGUCGAAGUGGCUAGGCGUCCCGAUAACAGAAUUGCCAUUACCGAAUGGUCAGAACCGUGUCCAAAGCUUGAUUUCAGAGACCCGUUCAGACAUGACUUGGUUUCUGGGAAUGUUCCUGUCACCCAUGGCUGAGUAA